CGGGCGGCGCGGCGUCGGCGGCCAGCGUGCGCGUGCGCCGCAGCGGCCUGCUCACCGUCACCGAGCGCCCGCCCGUAAUUAGUCCAGAGCUCGUAAUGGAAGUCGAGAAGCGAAUGAAACGAAACUACCUCCCCCCGUCGAUUCAAGGGGGCUAUAGUUACCAAAACCAGACCGGUUACCAGAGCCCCCCACCGGCAAACACCCAAAAUCCCCAGGGUUCAAUAACAGCAGGAACACCUAAUUACGCUAAGAAUUCAAUGAAACCAGUCUUAGAAACCAUUCCACAGGGCAGUAUAAUGGGUUCGAAUCAGGCUGUCUCGCCGUAUACCCCAUCUAUGUCUCAAUUUUCACCAACUCACGGGGCUGUUGUUUCACAAACUGGGUCGAUAAUAAGUGGUACUCCCAUAUCCAAUCAGGGAUCAAUCGUUACUGGUACCCCCAUGCAAAGUCAAUCUUUCAACACUCCCAACCAUGGCUCUAUUAUGUCUGGUACUCCCCUAUCUAACCAGAAUUCUAUGGAAACCGGUUCUGUCCAGAACCAACAAAUUAUAACUCCUUCGUUGCCAAACCAAGGCUCCAUCAUGACUGGUACUCCGAUACAAAAUCAGGGGUCGAUCAUGUCUGGUACACCAAUCCAAAACCAAGGUCCUCUACAAAACCAGAACUUCAAUACAGCUAUGCAAAACCAGGGGUCAAUAUUAACUGGUACCCCAAUCCAAAGUCAAAAUUUUAGUCCUGGUAACACGUUGCAAAAUCCAGGUUCAAUAGUUUCCGGUACGCCAGUUCAAAGUCAGGGCUCUAUAGUUUCCGGUACACCAGUUCAAACCCAGGGUUCAAUAGUGUCUGGCAUACCAAUGGACAGUAAGAACUUUGGCACCGGUUUUGGUAACUUCGGCUAUAACCAAACCUUCGGUCCGACCCCAACGAAUAUACCCAGCGGGUCUAUAACCGCUGGCACUCCGGUCAGUGGCAGUGGGUUCAAUCAGAAUCAAUACAGUCGCCACCGGAAGUACUCUGGCCCCCAGCGUGUCAAACUGCAAAUGUUGGCAACUGUACAGGAAAUGGCCCGCGAGCACGCGGAGCGCUACUCGCCCGUGCGGCGCGCGGAGGUGUCUCCGCCGCGCGGCGCGCACGACCUGGCCUCCGCCCGCCUGGAGUACCAGCAGCUGCAGCGCGGCCUGGAACGUCGUUCGGGUGGGGCCAGCGCGGGUGUGGGUGGAGUGGGGGGCGCGUCUCCCCCCGCGGAGCGUCUGCACACACCCGCCACUUCUGUACCAGGGUCCCCCAUUCAUGCCGGUGCCUCCGCUCCCACGCUGGAGCUGAGCGCCGACCCCGCACAGGACCUGUCACUAAAAUUAGGCAUAAAUUUGAACACCUUAUACUCGCCACAACUCUCGCAAGAAGUAUUCAAAUCCAUCCACUCGUACGGGAGCUACGGGCUGCUGUCCGGACACACCUCCCCCGCUAGCCCCGGCUCCCCCCUCCACCAAAUCACAGAAGGCUUAAGUUAUUUACACACCGGUUCCAUAACCAGAGGAACGCCGCAACCCAACGCAACACCCUUAGAUUUAAGAAGUAAUGUAGAAAUGGAUACGACCUUCCCUCAGCUCCAUCCGAUGGUCCAUCCUCAAAUACACGUAGUGGCUCACAGAUCUCUUAACAAUUCUCCGAUCUCCAACCCCGGAUCGCCCCUAGACAUGAUCCAGGAGGAGAUAGGCAAUGGUAGUCAGAAUGGUGAAGCUAAAUUCCCGGAAAGGACCUUCCAACUCCAGAACUACGCUUCGACUCAUCCGCAGAUAAGUUUGACAGAUUGUUUAGGAUCAGAAAUCACACUCGUAGCGUCGUCGUCAGAGGACAGCGUGGACAGCCUAGAAAAUUCCAAAUAUCCAUUACCGCAGUUCGUCAUAUCAGAGCCGUCGGACUUGGACGACCGACCGUCGAUAACCAAAGGUAUAGGUAGAAAAGUUAGCCAGGAAACUGAAUCCAUCGAACUGCCCAAAGACAUAGAAAAUUUAGAUAAGGAUACGGAAAUGCCAUCGCCCAAAGAGAGUGUGGACGAAACGAGUAAAUACUUAACGGAGGAGCUCGCGAGGCGGGGCAGCGAUAAGAGCUUGGGUUUCAGCGACGAUUCCUUGAGUAACGAUUCGGCGAACGCGUCGCCGAAUUGCGAACAAAACGUUCAGUCCAUUUAUUCGAAUAUAGUUUCAAUUAGUUCAGGUUUUAGCGAAAAUAGGGGUAGCUUCUCGGAGCAUAGAGAAUCGUUUUCGUUUUCCGACAGGGGUAGUUUCUCAGAACGAGGCGAUUUCGGACGGUCCUCGUUCUCCGAAAAGAGCGACUUUGGUCGAAGCAGCUUUUCAGAAAAGGGGGAGACUCCAAGAUCUUCGUUCUCCGCUCAAGGAGUUCUCGGAGAAGUUAAAGAAUAUUACGAGGAUGUUUACAUGCCUAGAGAUAAAACGUUAGAUAAAUUUGAAGAAGAAAGUCCGCAUGCUAGUGAAAUUGAGAAGCUGCAGCGGUCGACGAUGGAUUUGCGUUUAUCAGAGAUUUGUAGACCCGACGACCAAAGAAUACCGAUUCUGUUGAGCCCGCAAAAGGUUUCAUGCGUUCAAGAGUACUACGAAGUCGCGCUAUCAACGGUAUGUUCCCAAUUAGAUUCACAAAGGAUAGUAGAGUUGCUAAAAGAAACGAUAAACACAAGGGUGCCCCCCCAAAAUAUUUUCAUCGAAAAAGGCGACCAGAAAGACAAAACGGAUGAUUCUGAAGCACUAACGGGUUUCCUGAACUUGGAAUACUCUGGCGGUAUUCAGAUAGAACUAGUCGUUUGCGAAAAUAAAGCGAAGGAAAAGAAGGGCUUGAAAAUGAGGCGGAUAUCCGGCGAUCAGCGGGAAUACGGGAAACUUUGCCAGCAAUUGAUCACAAGUCUAACAGUAUAGAUGGAUUUUUCGGUAAAUUUUUCCGCAUCGGAAAAGGUAAUUUUUUUGACAAGAAUCGUAGUCAUAUUUUCGUGGUCGCUAAGCCUCGGUUCGGUGCUAAGACAGACGCUGUUUUCGUGACGAUUUUACGACAAAUGAUACAAAGAAAUAUAUCACUAUAUGUGAAUUAAAAAAUGCACGAUUUCAUAGAAUUUGCCAAUUCUUUUCUCGUUUGGAUUACUGAUAAUAAGCUUAAAAGGAAAUGUAUUUCCUUGCAAGUAUGACCACAAAAUAAUCCAAUAAAAAAAAAAACGCGUCCACAUUAUCCUUCUUUUUUGAAGUUGGUUAAUAACAAAGGAAAACGAUAGGACCGUUUAUGAUGUAACUUUGUCGUGUGACGUUAAAAAUGUGAUAAAAAUAGUACCAUAAAUGGGGUCCAGUUUAGAAUUUGGACUGUAAGGCGAAAUAACAAAUACUGUAACAAUAUUUAACCCAUAUCAUAACGCCAUUGCGUGCGAUGUCUCGUGAUUUAAUAUGAACUUUAUUUUAUUGAGCAUUUAAUUCAAUUUCGAAGUUCCAUUCCUCUUCUAUACUUAAUGUUUAAGGAUCGACACCUAUAUCUAAUUCCAAUGGCAGGAGUAUUAAAUAAAAAAAUGACCUUUGACCUUGGAUUGACGCGAUAUUAUUGGACGAGGUCUUAAGGACGUAUCAAUCAAGAACUGUUUGUUGUGUACAAUAUAGCUGAGCUAUUAGCGAACCGCAUGGAAUAUUUAAAUCUAAGGUUGUUUAUCUUUACUAGUCAUGCCAUUGGAAUGUAGUUACUAUACAGCUGCGGCCAUACCUUUGCGCUUAAAAACGCCUCGUUCCAUCUCGUUUGGUGUGUUAAAUUCAUUUUAACUUUCGAGUUUGUCUCAAACUUGUAUCGAUCUUGUAUUCUGAACCUAAAUCAGUCCUGAUACGGUUCAAAACAGAUUGACUUUAUGUAAUGUAUAUAAUUUUCUCUGAUGUUUCAGAUGUAUUUGUAUAUUAUGUUGAUAAAAAACAAUUGAUUUUAUUUAUUCCAAGAUUUAUUGUACUAUUCCAUUAUAGAUUUUAAUAUAGUUUAAGUUUGUACAUAUAGUUAAGUGAAAUUGUACAAUGUUUUAUAGUUAUUUGAUAAAAGAUUCAUUUUUUAAAUUAAAAAUCAAGUAAUUACAAAAUGUUGUAAUGUCUCGAUACGGAAGGCGACGGUCGGUCUCCCUCUGGAUUUCAAUAUAUUUUUUUUCGUAAUGUUAUUUUUAUACACGACUGAGAUUGUCCGUCGUCUGUCCGUAUCGAUAGUAGUUACGAAUGCCAUGAGUAGUUAGUGUCGCGUUAUCAAAGUUUAAAAAAUUCUUGUAAAUAAUAUUUUAAUAAACAAUUCCGAUUCCAUAAUGUUA